UAAAUGGACGGGAAAGUAGUGGAGGGUUAUGGUCUGAGUGCAGGUAGAUGGGACUGGGGGAGAAUACGUGUUCGGCACGGACUAGAAGGGCCGAGAUGGCCUGUUUCCGUGUUGUAAUUGUUAUAUGUUAUAUGGUUAUAUGGUUCAGGCAACGCCUGUGGAGGAGAAUGGGCAGACGACGUGCCUGGUCAUGACCUCUUAAUUCAGACGUCGUCUGUCAAUGUUCCUUCACGGAUACAGCUUGACCCGCUUAGUUCCUCCAUGACUUUGGUUUUUGCUCAUGACCCUAACCUUGCUCUGUUUAAAAUGACUAAUUAUCAGUAUUUAUAGCAGUUACUUAACUUUUUACAAGAAAUGAAGAAAUACUUGGGGCAGGUUCCGCAUUUCAGUGACAAGAAGCUCACAGCAGUGGGUGAGGUGGACUGAAGUGUUGGCGAUGUGGUCUCUCCGGGUUUGUCUCUUCACCGUCCUGCUCUCCGUCUCAGUCCAGGGUUACAACUUUUCGUACAAGAGCUGGACAAUAUCCGGUGCUGAUGUGGUGUCUGCCGUGGAAGGAACGUCCGCUGUGUUGCCGUGUACAUUCACCCACCCACCCACUGAUCACGACCUCACCGGCUCCGUGUUGUGGUACAGGAGGAAAUCCGGGGGUGACCACCUUGUGUUUAACUGUACAUAUCUAAGUCCUGACCGUUGCAGCGGCGAAGAAGUGACAUCGGCGACAGGAAGGGUUUUGUUGAGAUUCGUGGGGAACCUCAGGCAGAGGGAUGCCUCCAUAAUGGUGGAGCGACUGAGCCGGGAAGACGACGGUGCAAGGUACCGGUGCCGUGUGGAACUCAACGUUGGAAAACGUCACGCUGUGGACCCAACACGCCUGACCGUGAGAGCUGCUGUCGUGAAUGUCUCAGUUGUGACUGGGACUGAGGGGGCUUCGGCCACGUUACCCUGUGUGUUCCCACCGCCUGCACUCAACCACACCCUGCACAAAGUCACAUGGAUAAGGAAGGAUCCCUACCGACACAUCGUCGCGUUCAGACCACAACUUGAUGGAUCCUGGGCGGCGGAGAACGGAGCAACUCGGUUCGAGCUGGUCGGGGACCCAAUGCAGGGAAACGCCUCAACCAGGAUAAGGCAGCUGAGUGUGGAGGACACUCACGACUACCUGUGUUUGGUGGAGUUCAGGAAACCUGAUUACUACCGUCCUGCAUCGCCCCCAAUCCAUAGCCCCAUCGUAAACCCGCCGUUUAUCCAACUGUCGCAGCGUGAGGUCCUCCUGCGGGUCACAGCCGUCCCACAGACGUUCCCCGUUACGAUCUUGUGCAUGCCACUUGGAUUGAAAACCCUUGCCUUGUUAGUGAUGUGCUUCGUUUUAUAUUGUGACAAAGUGAGAAAGGGCGGAGGCUGAGCCAUCGCAGGAAGUUACGAAGACCAUUUUCCGACCACAAUGUACACCAUCUCCCUCCCAUAAGAUCCGAUCUACGACGAACUUGCGAUUACAAUCAUUAGUUUUAUCCUAUGAUAUCAACUGAGAACCUCAUCCCGUUGAUAAUCCCGAGAGCAACUUCCCUGUGCCACUUUGAGGGAAUAGCUCAAUCCUCUGUGUGCCUCUGCAAAGCAUUUUCUCGCGAAUCACCUGCAUGCUUAACUUUCCUCAAAUGUUGCAAAACAUACUUGGCUAAUAAAGUAUUACUGUGAUUGUGA